AGGCCCAGGGUCCUGAGAAACUUCGCGAGAGAGGGGGCUCCGCGGCUGCCCAUCCAUGUUUGGGCAGAUUGGGAGGGCCAGUAUCUGUUUAGAUUUGUGUCUAUAUUUAAACCCCGAUCGUUGGCCUCCCUCCCCGCCCCUCCUCCUCCGCGGCUCCUUCCUGGUUCUCCGCGGAGCCGAGCGCAGCACAGCGCAGCCCGGCGCGCGCCGCCCACUCGCCCCGCUGGGCGCACAGGGACCGCGGGGACCGUGAGCUCCGGCCAGGACGACCUGGAGGACAUGGAGGAGAGACCUGCAGAGCCCAACACCGGCGUGGACAGCUCGGCAUCCCCGUCGGUGGCUCAGCUGGCCGGGCAGUUUCGAGAGCAGGCAGCUGCGGCCAAGGAGACACCAGCCAUUAAACCAAGCAGAAGGAAACCGCCCUGCUCCCUCCCGCUGUUCCCCCCCAAGGUAGACCUGGGUCAGAACGGUGAGGAGAAAGUGUCUUCCAAUGCCAGCCACCCUCCCAAAAUCAAGGUGAAGAGCUCGCCCCUGAUUGAGAAGCUCCAGGCCAAUCUGACUUUUGAUCCAGCGGCUCUUCUACCUGGAGCCUCACCCAAGAGUCCUGGCCUCAAGGCCCUCGUGUCGCCGUUUCACAGCCCUCCAUCCACCCCCAGCAGCCCUGGCGUGCGGUCACGGCCCAGCGAGGCAGAGGAGGUACCUGUCAGCUUCGACCAGCCCCCGGAAGGGAGUCACCUGCCCUGCUAUAACAAGGUGCGGACGAGGGGUUCCAUCAAAAGGCGCCCCCCCUCCAGGAGGUUCCGAAGGUCUCAGUCAGACUGUGGGGACCUUGGAGAUUUUGGGGCCACCGAGUCAUCUCAGGAGAACGGUGCCAGGGAAAACGGGGAUGAGGUGUUCCCACCCAAGAGCGACACCCUGGGCUCCCCGCCAUCCCGUGGGCGUGCGCUGGGAAGCGGGGUGCUGGCGGGCAAGCCCCCUCUGAGGAGGACGUCGAGCUGCGUGGAGAGGCAGGAGGACAGGGCCAGAUGGAGCUCGGAAGAGGUCAGCCGGAGCCCAGCACAAGAGGGGACCCCCGAGCCACCCCAGACCUCCAGCCCGGCGGAGGAGGCCGGGGAUGCGCAUGCGCACCCCGCAGAGGACAAGGCUGCCGGAGAGGAAGCAGAGCUGGGGAGGUCUGCAGAGGCAAAGCGGGGAGACGAAGAGGGCAGUCCCAGCCGGAAGAGCCAAGAUACGAAGGUGGAGGCGGGGACCCAGGUGGAGGAGACCCCCGAGACUCCUCCCGCAGGCGUAGAAGGCAGCAGCGUCCCCAUGAAGGAGGAAGGCGAGGAAAAGCAAGCGCCGGGGGAAGCUCAAAGCUGCAGCCCCAAGACCAGCCGUGCCACACUGGAGCCCAGCAGUGACAUCCAGAGCGGGCCAGCUCUCCUCAGGGAUGAGCCCCCGGUCCGGGAUACUAAAAUGUGAAGCAGAGCUCACGGUGCCCUAGUGACGAAGCUGCCGGAGACGUCUCUUUGGAAGUGGCAGAGGUUAUAGGAGCAGAAGCAGCUCCUAUAAUCACUUCAGUAUUAGCCUGUGGCCCAGGGUUUCCAAGUGAAUAUUCUGCACAGGCAGAGGUUGGAUAUUUAAAACAGUAAACCAUGGUGACACCUCACCUGGGAUCCCGGCCGGCCUGGGGACCCUGGGACAUUCCCCAUGCUUUGGCUGCCGGCCUCCUCACUCGGCUCCAGUGAAGUUUAUCAGAUGUCGCCUGUGUAAAGUUACAGCCUUUUUAUUGUUCUGAAAUGUUUACGGUUCUCAAAUAUCAGUAAAAAUUAAUUCUAAAUGAA